AUGUUACGCAAACCGCACAGGCUCCGCUCGCCCUACGCCAGCCUGAGUUACGCAACUCGCGGACCCGACUGGAGCAGAGACCGCUGCGCAGCUUCCGCAGCCUGCCUGCCUGCCGUCCGGAGCCGUACUUCGCCGAGCGCGCUUAAGGCCAUUGACUUUACCAGGUUUGGAGCAAGUCGUGGAGGUCCUCUUCCUCCAAAGAAAUUUGGUAAUCCAGGGGAACGUCUACGUAAGAAAAAAUGGGAUUUAAAUGAGCUGCCCAAGUUUGAGAAGAAUUUUUACGUGGAACAUCCGGAAGUGGCCAGGCUUACUCCAUACGAAGUUGAAGAACUGCGAAGAAAGAAAGAGAUCACUAUUCGAGGAAUGGAGGGCUGUCCCAAGCCUGUGUUUGCCUUCCACCAGUGUAGCUUUCCACAGUACGUGAUGGAUGCUCUGAUGGACCAGAACUUUACAGAACCCACUCCAAUUCAGUGCCAAGGCUUUCCACUAGCCCUCAGUGGCCGUGAUAUGGUGGGCAUUGCACAGACUGGCUCUGGGAAAACACUAGCAUACUUGCUGCCUGCAAUUGUUCACAUCAACCACCAGCCAUAUUUGGAGAGAGGAGAUGGCCCAAUUUGCCUGGUUUUAGCACCAACUAGAGAGUUGGCCCAGCAAGUGCAGCAAGUGGCUGAUGAUUAUGGCAAGUGUUCAAGACUGAAGAGUACCUGCAUAUAUGGAGGAGCACCCAAAGGUCCCCAAAUCAGAGAUCUAGAAAGAGGUGUGGAGAUCUGCAUUGCUACACCGGGUCGCUUGAUUGACUUCCUUGAGGCAGGAAAGACCAACCUUCGUCGAUGUACGUACCUGGUGCUGGAUGAAGCAGACAGGAUGUUGGACAUGGGAUUUGAACCCCAAAUUCGUAAGAUUGUUGAUCAGAUAAGGCCUGACAGACAGACUCUGAUGUGGAGUGCCACCUGGCCAAAAGAAGUGCGCCAGCUUGCCGAGGACUUUCUGCAGGACUAUGUUCAGAUCAAUGUGGGAAACUUGGAGCUGAGUGCCAACCACAAUAUCCUACAGAUAGUGGAUGUAUGCAUGGAAAGCGAGAAAGACCAUAAACUGAUACAACUGAUGGAGGAGAUCAUGGCAGAGAAGGAAAACAAGACUAUCAUCUUUGUGGAAACAAAGAGGCGAUGUGAUGAUCUCACUCGAAGGAUGCGCAGAGAUGGUUGGCCAGCUAUGUGUAUCCAUGGAGACAAGAGUCAGCCGGAAAGAGAUUGGGUGCUUAAUGAGUUUCGUUCUGGAAAGGCUCCUAUCCUCAUUGCUACCGACGUUGCAUCUCGUGGGCUAGACGUGGAAGAUGUUAAAUUUGUGAUAAACUACGACUAUCCGAACAGCUCUGAAGAUUAUGUGCACCGUAUUGGCCGUACCGCUCGUAGUACCAACAAAGGUACUGCCUACACCUUCUUCACUCCAGGAAACCUGAAACAAGCCAGGGAGCUUAUCAAAGUGUUGGAAGAAGCCAAUCAAGCCAUCAAUCCAAAACUGAUGCAGCUCGUGGACCACCGAGGAGGAGGAGGUGGUGGUGGAGGAGGUCGCUCUCGUUACCGAACGAGCAGUUCAGUAAACAACCCUAACCUGAUGUACCAGGAGGAGUGUGACAGGAGGCUCCGGGGAGUGAAAGAGGGCCGGAGAGACUCAGGUGGCUUCAGAGACCGUGAUCGUGGUGACAGUUUUGCCAACGGAGCCAACAAGACCUAUGGCAGUGCCUAUGGGAGCCCAAAUUCUGCUUUUGGGGCAGCACAGAGCCAGUAUGGUUACGCUCAAGGGAGCUAUGGAGCAGCUGCCUAUGGCACGAGUGGCUAUGGCACUGCAGAGUACAGUGCGAGUAGCUAUGGUGCCAGCACCACAGCUGCCACGGCUGGGAGAACCUCACAGAGCACUACCCAACAGCAGUAUGCAGGGAUGGUGGGGCGCUCGGGCCAGCAGCCACAGCCGCAC